UCCGCAUAACUUCUCUGUUGACAUCCCCUCAUCCGGGUCCCCCGGGGGGCAGAACGAGCUCGCGGCAACCUGCGCGAUGACGUCAAGGGGCCGUAGGAAUUCUACGGUGGGAAUGGCGGCUAUGACUGCCGGAGAAGGGACCCCGCAACUUUACUUCUAACGGUCGGGCAAGGGGGAGAUCAUUUCCGCCGAAACGAAGAGACGCGGUCUUACGGCGGAGUUGAGGCGGAAGGGCGAGUGCUCACGAAGGCCGUUUCGGUAGACGUCCGAGGCUAAAGCAGACGGGCGCACUCAAGAGACUUGGCUCGUUAGCCGGAGCCGCUGACUUUGAUUCAAGGUAGCGACUGUUAGCUUGGAGCUCGCCUGUACGAGCCAGCUGUUGGCUACUUGGCUCGGCUAGUCCCGCAAGUUACGUCAACAGCUGCAUGCAACCAUUCCACGAUAGAGCACUCGGCUGGCUCCCGCGUCUAACUUCAUUCGGGACUUUUCGAGAUAGAAGACAAUAAGAGGGGCUCAAGAGCUUACGGCGCCUUCCCGGCUUGAUCGCCCUCAGUGAGGCUAACUGGUGUGCCAGCGCUAGCUAGCUAAGUUGGGAACCUGAAGUCUCGCCCAUUUUUUUGGACCCCCCCCACCCCGCGGCCAAGGGCUGUUCCAUAGCUUGCUGGCUCGGCGACGAGGUUUGCUCGGCAGCACAAUGGAAAGCCUUACGUUGAGUGACGUCGAGCAGAAAUACUACUCGGACUUGUUCGUUUAUUGCGACACGGAUAACACCAAGAAAGUGGCUUCCAACGGCAGAGUUCUUGACCUUUUCCGGGCGGCCCAGCUCCCCAGCGAAGUUGUCCUGCAGAUCACAGAGUUGUGUGGAGCCACUCGACUUGGUCACUUUGGACGGAGCCAGUUCUAUAUUGCUCUAAAGCUCAUCGCCAUUGCCCAGUCUGGUCUGCCCCUCAGGGUUGAGAGCCUUAACUCAGUCAAGGACUUGCCACUGCCCAGGUUCAUAGUGGGGAAGAAUGAAGCAGAGGCACGGCAUGCAGCUCUGUAUCAGGAAGCUGACAGUCAGGGACUCUACUCAAGCUCUGGUGCCGGGGUCAUUCCCAGACCACCUGCUAGAGGUCAUCAGAACAAAAAAGGCCCCCCCUCAUCCUCUUCAAUUCCUGUUCAUGAUGUCAUCCAGCCUCCAAUGGUGCCUGCCAUAGAAUCACAGCCUGACUCGACGUCACCCGUUGUCUCUCCUCACCAUUCCCCCCCCACCUCGCCCCACUCCUGGAGGAAACACAAGAGGCAGCCCAGUGGGGGCAACACAGACAGACAGACCGUGGUGACUGCUACUGGAGCUGUCUGGACACAGUUUCGGGAAAAACAGACAGGACCAGUGUCUGGUGAUGGGAUAUGGUCAUCUCAUUCACCCCCUCUCCCAGUUCAGGAGAGCUGGGUCAGUUUCACAGCAGACACCCCUCCCUCCAGCACACUCCCAACAAUGCAUCCUUCAUCAGUCCAGGAGAGCACAACGGUACGAACGGUGGCCUCAGCAUCAACGGCCAACGAAAUCCAACGACAGUCCAGUGGUUACGAUGAUCCGUGGAAGAUCACAGACGAGCAGAGACAGUAUUACAUCAACCAGUUCAAAACCAUUCAGCCAGACCUCAAUGGCUUCAUACCUGGUUCAGCCGCGAAAGAGUUCUUCACCAAAUCAAAGCUACCAAUUUUAGAACUAUCACACAUUUGGGAGUUAUCAGACUUUGACAAAGACGGCGCUUUGACCCUGGACGAGUUCUGUGCUGCGUUCCAUUUGGUGGUUGCCAGGAAGAAUGGUUACGACCUCCCGGAGAAGCUGCCCGAGAGCCUAAUGCCAAAGCUGAUCGACCUGGACGACUCAGCAGAGGUUCCAGAGCCAACUCCUGACGUCGGCUACUCGGGCUCCCCUGUGGAGGUCACCCCCAACAAGUCUCCCUCCAUGCCCUCGCUAAACCAGACCUGGCCUGAAAUAAACCAGAGCAACGAGCAGUGGGAGACGUUUAGCGAGCGCUCCUCCAGCUCACAAACUCUGACCCAAUUUGACUCUAACAUUGCACCAGCUGACCCUGACACAGCCAUUGUCCACCCAGUUCCCAUCCGGAUGACGCCCAGUAAGAUCCACAUGCAGGAGAUGGAGCUAAAGAGAACAGGCAGUGACCACAACCACCCUACCAGUCCACUGUUGGUCAAGCCUCCAGAACUAUCUGAGGAAGCGAAGCUCAGUGCAUCCAUCAAGUUUGUAGCUGCUAACACUGUAGGGGAUGGUUAUAGCAGUUCAGACUCCUUCACCUCGGACCAGGAGCCAAUCACAAGACAAAGGUCUCAGUCAGGGACAUCCCCGGAGGCUCUGAAGGUUGUGGCGCCUCCUCCCCCUCCACCCCGCCCCCACCCCUCUCACUCCCGUUCCUCGUCUCUGGACAUGAACCGCAGUUUCGCUGCUGUGCCAGCCACAGCCCAGCCACAGCCUGGCUCGGUAGCCUUCCCCCCUGCCGUGCCCCCCAGACCACUACCCACACAGACAUCUGCGCCCCACAGUGGGCAUCGCAGUGAGGGGGAGGGUGUGUCAGGAGCUGGGGUGGUGCUCACCACCACCUCUCCCCAGCAGAUCCCCCAGCAGCCCAACUUCGCAGACUUCAGCCAGUUCCAGGCCUUUGCUGCAUCCGAACAGCCGUCUAGCCUGCCAGAGGUGGACAUACACAGUGAGACAGGACAGGUGGACAAGUCGUCAGAGGGAGCUGGUCCUUUAAGAACAGUAAAGAGCGACAGUCAGGCUGAAGAUAGAGCUUCAUCUACUGUCAACUCUAUCAAAGCUUCUUCUGGCCCCCUGGCCCCACCUCCCAAGCCUGUGCGACGGAGGUUGAAAUCUGAAGAUGAGCUUCGACCAGAGGAUGAGCAGCACGGUCAGCAGAAAUCCAACCUUAUUGCUACCGUCCUGGCUACUCAGCCCUCCAUCCCCAGGUCGGUGGGGAAGGAUAAAAAGGCAAUCCAAGCCUCCAUCAGGAGAAACAAGGAGACCAACACCGUGUUGGCACGACUCAACAGUGAACUGCAGCAGCAGCUGAAGGACUUGCUUGAAGAGAGGAUAUCUUUGGAGGUUCAGCUGGAGCAGCUCAGACCUUUCUCCCAUCUUUAACCUGUACGGGCACGAGGAGAGUUUUCACCACAUCAUUCUGGAUGACUGACGUGAGGAUGGGGCCCUCUGUGUGUUUUGCCUCAAGCCCCUUUCUCUCUCCAUCAGCUCGGCUCCCCUGCACCCCGCUAUUCUGUGGAAGUCUAAAUCUAAGAUACACAGCCCCCACACCAACAACUACACAUCACAAACGCAAUCAACAUGAAUCGUAACUCGUCAGACGGAGAGCACAGUCUUACAGGGGAGGUUUGAAGGAGCACGGGUUGGUGACAAACUGUCACUUUUUAGUUGUCCUUAAGAAAUGCAAAGGCUAGGAUGACAACUGAGACAGGAGUGGGGCAGGACCACCCAACCACUAGUCUGGUCUAUGCAAAGCAGAACUGCUUUGAUCCGGUUUCCUUGUCUCCAAAUGACUUGAGCGGAGUGGCAGAGUGCACACGCAUAUGUGACCCGUGGCUCUCUAUUGACUUACGCAUCAUACUUAGGUACUGUUCUUUUAGGGCCUGCGUAGGACAGAAAGUCACGAUGAAGGUUUUCAGCGGCUCAUCGGACAGACGUUCAGCCCGUUCUAUCUGAUUAAGGUCCUUUAUUUUGUGUGUGCCUGUUUCUGUGUCUGUGCAGCCGCAGGUGUGAAUGCAGGAAGGCAACAGUUACAUAGAUGCAAUGAAUGUGUUCUCUGCAUUUUCUCUUCAUUUUAUAGUGUUACGAUUAAUCUGAUUGAUUGACCAUGAUGCUCAUUGACUGAAUAGUAGCUUUGCCUUUCUUUACUUAAACCGUGUUCUAGUCGUCUAAAAAAAUGCCAUUUGUUUCUGCUUUCAACUUUUCCGGACCAUUUGAAAAUGCAAUUUUUUCCUUAUAAAUUUCCUCUGUGAUUGACUGAGGUUGCCUCCUUUACAUAAACCAGUGCGUUUGUCUGCAGCCCCAAACCUCACCUGAGUGUAAGGCAAGGAUGCCCGUUGUAGCCCCAAGUGUUGCUUCGGGUAGCAACUGCUCUUUACAGGGGCCACACUUAACAAGCUUUUCAGAGUAGCGUUUCUUUGAUCAGCAGGUUUUCUCUGCGAUUUAGAUCUAGUCAUCGUAGUUGGUGAUAUAAAAGGCUUAAACUUGAAAAAAAACAAACAAAACAAACUAUGCCCUUGCUUUCUUGGUUCCAGUUCACAGAUGGACUGAAGUAGACAUAUAGGCUCAGACAUACUCAGAAAGAUAUCUGGAGACCAAGGAACACUGAGCUGAAUAUUCAUCUGUUUCCUGAUUGGGCAAUCAGUACUAUGCAAGUAUGAUGAUACAUCUUUGCAGAAUGACUGUAAUCACAAUUAGCUAUUGAAGCUGUUGAUUUGGUAUUGUGAAAGUUCUGGUUGACGACCUGUGUCCAGGAUUAGUUUGCCCUUGGGCACUAAGCAGCAAUCAAAGUCCCCGUCUCAGUUGUAGAUGGCGAAAGGCUGAAGUGACUAAAAAAAAUCAGCGUUUAGCGUGUCGCACUAAUCAGUAAGACUUAGCUACCUGUGCAAGCUUGUCCGUGUGACGAUGACUCUUGUUGGGUGCAGAAGAAGCUGACAGGCCUACCAAACGGAGAGCGGUCGACAGACGGGGAGACCAGAUUGACCCGACUUGCACUUUGAACUUACAAAAAAAAAACAACCCUUUCCUUGACUUUCUUGUCUUCUUGUUUUUGUUACCUCCUUCCUCACCGUUACUAUGGUUUUAACCUGCAUGUUGCCGUCUUUCACAUAUAUUUAAAAAGAGUGACGCUUUAAAAGGAAACGGAAACGUGAACCAUUCGAUUUUUAUUUCCACACUAUAACCUUGGAAGUACUAUGAUGAGGUUUUUUGUGCCCCCCCCCAAAAAAAACAAAAAACUUGGGACACUGUGUUGUUCUGCCAGUACUUUUCUUCUUUUGUUCCGUGAGCUUCCUCAAUGUUUGUUAUCGACAGACCUGUCUUCUAAAGCCUUACUUCUCCACCGGCGUUCGAGUUUCCAUGCUGACUGACUGACCUCUCUUCCUUGUUGUUGCUCCAAGGCUCGCCUUCUUUCUCUGCUGUCGAGAAUGAUGAUGGUGUGUGUGCGCGUGCGUGAGUGUGUGCGUGAGUGUAUGCGUGAGUGUGUGUGAGAGGUUAUGUUGUCUUCAGACCUGGAACUAAUACCAUGCAAAACCCUACUGAAUCCCUCCGUUCGGGAUUGAUCGAUCGCUCCUGGUGCAACGGGAAAUCAAACGCAGACGAGCAAUCUAAUGGAAAUGGUGGUCUUUAAUAGGAAUUUGAAUAUUAUUCGCAUCCAGGUCUGUGUUGUAUAUUGUAUAUGACACACUUUUGAACUCAUAUGUAAAUUGCAUUAAUUGCUGACUAAUGGCGAAAGAAUAUUAUAUUUAAUUCCUUCUCUCUUGGCUGUGGGAUCCUAGAUGUUUAACUGCAUGGAUGUAUCUCUGCAGAGUCAACUAGCAGCUGUGUGAUUUUUACACAAAAAUAAAACAGCACAAUAUUUUAAACCUGCUGUCUGGAUGGACUUGUUUGUUUAGUAUUCAGACACACGUAGCUGUGGUAGUAAAUUUUAAUGUCUAACUUCUUGGUCUGUGCAAUUUGGUCAAAAGUAAUGGCUUCAUAUUAUCGAUAAUUUCUUUGGACUUUUCAUUUGCAGAAGGCACAUGCAUGCCGGGCAUGUCAAAGGUUUGGCAGAAUUUGGGCAUCCGGGUGGUGUGGCGGUCCAUUUCGUCACCUACCAACACCGAGAUCGCUGAUUCGAAUCCCCGUGUUACCUCCGGCUUGGUCGGGUAUCCCUACAGACACAAUUGGCCGUGUCUGCGGGAGGGAAGCCAGAUGUUGGUUUGUGUCCUGGUGGCUGCACCAGCGCCUCCUCUGGUCGGUCGGGGCGCCUGUUCGGGGGGGAGGGGGGUGAACUGGGGCGAAUAGUGUGAUCCUCCCACGCGCUACGUCCCCCUGGUGAAACUCCUCACUGUCAGGUGAGAAGAAGCAGCUGGUGACUCCACAUGUAUCGGAGGAGGGAUGUGGUAGUCUGCUGCCCUCUCCGGAUCGGCAGAGGGGGUGGAGCAGCGACCGGGACGGCUGAGAAGAGUGGGGUAAUUGGCCAAAUACAAUCGUGGAGAAAGGGGGGGGGUUGGCAGAAUUUGCAGCUGCAAUGUGUGUGUCUCACUCCUGAUUUAACAAUUCUUUUCAGUGACAA